AAAAUAUUCUAUUCAACAGUUUCGGAGCCUGUCGACGCCUACUUAAUAAUGCUUUAUUUUGCUUGGAUAUUGUCUCAACUGUGUUAUUUAUUUUUAAUGGUCAUGCCCCCGUCUCUUGCGGCCUUGAAAGCCGAAAAAACACCUGUAAUUAUAUGUGAAUACUUAGACAUAGACCUCACACCAGACGACACAAAACAGUUGGAAAUAUUUGUCCUUCAACUGCACAAGUUUAAGAUAAGCUUUUCUAUUUGUGGAGUAAUGCGGUUGCAAACCUCUUUUAUAACGAGGGUGAUCGGAACGACUAUUACAUAUUUGAUGGUUUUAGUUCAAUUUCAAAACCCUUCAUGAAGGCUUCGCCGGAUGAAGAUCAAUACAAAAUAUAUUACUUAUACACAUACUUACUGUAUUUUAUUUUUAUUUUUAAAUUGGGGCCGGCGUUACAUUUUGCGUAGCUUAAGACAAGAUUUAUGGUUUAAUUAAUUGGGGAGGGGAAGCAUGUUACAAAAAAAUUA